AUGGGUCGGCGAAAGCGCAAGUGGACGCGUGUGGAGAUUGAAGAGGCUAUUGAAGAAAAUAACCGCGUUAAUGGUGUACUAAAUGGUCUGAAGGAGCCCCAGGCUAAGAAGAGACGCAUGGCACGUUAUUAUGGCAGACGUAGUGCUCUAAAUAAAGCCUUAAAGGAGUUGGAAGCCUUAGAGCAUGAGCAGGGUCCUGGGGAUUCGGCUGGUCAAAUUUCGGAGCAGCGGCGCCAGGUGCUGCGGUCGGACCUAACUGCAGAAGAGCAGGAAAUUAAUCGAGAGCGGAAUAGAACGUCUGCCUGA